CGACCGAAUGCGCAUCUGCAAACUCUACAGUAGGCUACAUUUUGCAUAUAUGAGGCAGUUACACUGUUAACUUGUCGCAGAUGCAGGUGAUCCAGCACCCUGCGGAGACACUUCGCACCGCCCUGGUGUCCAGCCGCUGUGACCUGACUGAUCGCUACCGUAAGUACAGCCGAGAAGAGCGGAGGCUCCUGGAGGAGGGUCUCCACCCAGGGGAUGGGUCCUUGUUCCAGCCCAUCACUGUGCACUCUGACUCGGACUGGAUCCCCUCGCACCAAGAGGAGCCGCAGGACUUCCAGAGUUUCUAUAGCAACCCCUACAGCAGCAUGCCCAUCAAGGGUCACAGUACUAUCUACAUUCAGAUCAUCGGCUCCUUUGGGGAGGCAGAGGCUGAGACAGGCCAGUACGUGGAGUGGAUAAGGGACUACUGCCAGGCCUUCUAUUAUGGGCUGGUGGUUAAGCUAUUGCCUCCGGUGACCGUUGCUGCCACAGGCUGUGCGUUCAGGGUCAACAGCAGUUCACGCAAUCUACAGAUCCACGCAGGUGGUUGUCAUAAUUUCUUUCAGGGGAUUUGGUUCCUUAAGAAGAGGAAACCUAAAGAUGCCUUCUGCAUAUUGGGCAUCACCAUGAUAGAUCUCUACCCCAAAGACUCCUGGAACUUUGUGUUUGGACAGGCCUCCCUCACUGAAGGUGAUAUUGGACCUCCGUUCAUCUUUCAAUCACCCACGUGGGAAUGGGAGUGUUCAGCUUUUACCAGGUACGACGACAACCUCUACAGCAGGAGUUACGCGGGGCGGCUAAAGAAAGGCAUCAGGCCUUGUCAGAGGGACUACUCUGUGUUUGAGGGCUACUACACCCCUCCUAUCACCAGCACCUUACUGCUCAGGUCCUGCAAGAUGGUCACCCAUGAGAUAGGGCACGUAUUCGGGGUGAAGCACUGCCAGUGGAUGCAGUGUGUCAUGCAGGGCUCCAACCACCUGGAGGAGUCAGACUGCUGGCCCCUGGACCUUUGCCCGGUCUGCCUCCGCAAGCUGCAGUCUGCCACCGGAUUCAAAAUGGCUGACAGAUACAAGACCUUGCUGCGAUGGUUAGAGGGAGCAGCUAGUCCUGCAGCCCACUGUCCUAAACCCACUCUGGCCUUCCAGACCUCCAGACAGUGGCUCAGGAGGUGUCUGGAGAUUCUGGAGGAAGUGAUAUUCUAGAAUCUCC